AUGAUUAAUAUAAAUGAUAUUAAUUUAAUAGAGUUAGAAAAAAGUAAUAUUAUUGAAAUAAUAAAAGUUUCAAAAUUAUUUGGUAUACCAACACCUUCAAAAGAGAAUAAAUUAGAAUUAUUAAAUAGAAUUAAAAAUUACAUUAAAGGUUAUAAAGAGAAUAUAAUAUUAAUAGAAGAAAUUCCAAAAAUCAAUAAAUUCAAUACAACAAUAAAUGAUUUAAAACCAAUUGGAAAAGAUAAAAUUAGAUAUGGUGAAUUAUUAUUUUGGAUAGUUUUUAAAAAUAAAUUCCUAUUUAAAUAUAUAACUUCCUUUUUAAAUAUUGGUAAUAAUUCAACCUAUAAUUCUAAUUAUGGAUUUGGUAAACAAUAUUUUAAAAUUCAUGAAAUUAUAAAUGUAAAAUGGAUGUUAGAUAAUAAUCAUUUUCAUAUUUUAAAUGAAAAAGUUAUAAAUGGAGAUUUAUUAGUAUAUAUAGAUAAUAAUAAUAAUAAUAGUAAUUAUAAUAAUAAUUUAAAAAAUAGAAAUGGCGGUGAAAUUAUAGAAUUUUUAAAAGAAAUUAUAAAAAGAGUAAAAAACUGUUGUGAAAUAAAUUUAAAUAAAUUUUAUUUAUCACUUUUUAAUAAUUAUAGUAAAUAUAUAAGUUCAAUGGAAUCAUUAUUAGAUUUAAUUAUAGAAAGUAAUAAUAAAAUUGCAUUUAAAGUUUUAUUAGAAAAUAAUUACAUUAAACCAUCAAUAGAUAAUUUAUUAAAACAAUCAAUAACCCAUUCAUUUUUUAAUGGUAUAAAAUUCAUUUUUGACAAUUAUAAUAAUAAUAAUAUUAAACAAUUAGUUACAAUACCUUAUUUAAUACAUUAUAAUCAUUUAAUAUUUAAUAAAAUAUAA